AUGGCAUUCUUUGGCAUAACCCUGUUGGGCUAUCAGGAUCCCUUUCUGAGCAAAAAGAAAGUCUGGGUGAAGGAAGGAGAAGAGACAGGUCGCAGCUGCAGCACAUUUAGGUUUUCCAAGAUGUUUGGUGGGUAUGAGACCAUAGAAGCUUAUGAAGAUGACCUUUACUCAUCUAGUGAAUUGAGUAUUGACAGUGAAGUGGAAUUUCAACUCUAUAGCCAAAUAUCAGAUAGUUCAGAGGUCACCUCGUUGUCUGAUGAAGAUAGUCUCUCCAGAUGUAAAAGAAAGAACAGAGGAAACCAGGUACUGGAAAGGCAGUGUGAAACCUCUACUGGUGAAGACAAAAGUGAUGUAAACUGGUUCAUCAGUGAUAAAGAUCUAGAGGCUCAAAUAAGUAAUAACAGAUCAUCUGGUAAACAAACCAACAAAUACUAUUCAGCUGACAAAAAUGUCACCUGGAGAAAUUGUAAAAAACGUGGUCAUUUGUCAAAAAACUGUCCUGUUCCACAAAAAAUAAGUGUGUGUUUCCUGUGUGCUGAGAGAGGACAUCUACAGUAUGAUUCUGCCCGGUUUUGUUUAGAUUGUUCUUUGCCUGCAAAUUACUCUCACAAAAGCCUUGAAAGACCUUCAUGGAAAAAAACAUUAAAGAAAAAACAUUGUGAAUGGUGCAAUAUGAAAGGUCACUAUGCUGUUAGUUGCCUAGAAAUAUGGCGGCAGUAUCACCUAACGACCAAACCCGGACCACCCAAGAGGCCAAAAACCUAUUUGGGACAACUACCCUUAGUAUACUGCUACAACUGCUCUCAGAAAUGCCAUUAUGGAUAUGAGUGCACAGAAAGAUGGAUGUUAAAUGGGACAUUUCCAACAGUAUCAUUCAUCUACUACUACUAUAAGGAGCAUGAUAUCUGGGAUCAAGAACAAAGAAUUCAGUGGAAAGUAGAACUUCAAAAAAAUGGAGAUUUUCCAAAACCAGUCAAGAGACCCUGA